CUCCUAGCACCCACUCAGACCCUCAGCAGCAAAACCGAUUCGGUGUUAUCGCCAUCCCCCUCGUUUUUUUCUUUUUUGACGUCACGUUGCCUGUGUGACGACACACGAACACGGUUGUAGCCUAGUUACCGCGCGAGGCCUCGAUCAGGAAGUGAAUUUGAGGAAAACAGAGAAACGGGAGGUAGAGAAUGACAUAGAGGGGGAGAGGUGGGAGAGAGAGAGAGAGAGAGAGAGAGAGAGAGAGAGAGAGAGUCUGACGGAGUGGAAGACACUGUUCGGGAUCCUAACACUAACCUUCCCUCGUGAGAAGAAGACAUCACCACCGCAAUGAUCAUUAAGGAAUUUCGAGUUAUUCUGCCCAUAUCAGUGGAAGAGUAUCAGGUGGGUCAGCUGUACUCUGUUGCCGAGGCCAGUAAGAACGAGACGGGAGGAGGAGAGGGAGUGGAGGUGUUGAAGAAUGAACCGUACGAGAAGGACGGGGAGAAGGGACAGUACACACACAAGAUAUACCACCUGCAGAGUAAAGUUCCAUCGUUCGUCAGAAUGCUAGCUCCAGCAUCGGCCCUCAACAUCCAUGAGAAGGCCUGGAACGCCUACCCCUACUGUCGUACAGUUAUCACUAAUGAGUACAUGAAAGAUAACUUCCUGAUCAAGAUUGAGACGUGGCACAAAUCUGACCUGGGACACCAGGAAAACGUCCAUGGUCUGGAUGCAGACACCUGGAAGAAGGUGGAUGUUGUUCACAUCGACAUCGCAGACCGCAGCCAGGUGGAUACCAAGGACUACAAGCCGGAGGAGGACCCCUCUAAGUUUAAGUCAGUGAAGACUGGAAGAGGCCCACUUGGACCAGACUGGAAGAAGGAGCUCCCUAAGAAGACAGACUGCCCACAUAUGUGUGCCUACAAGCUGGUGACAGUCAAGUUCAAGUGGUGGGGCCUGCAGAACAAAGUAGAGAACUUCAUUCAGAAGCAAGAGAAGCGUCUGUUUACCAAUUUCCACCGUCAGCUGUUCUGCUGGAUCGACAAGUGGAUCGAACUCACCAUGGAAGACAUCCGUCGGAUGGAGGACGACACGCGCAAAGAACUGGACGAGAUGAGGGUGAAGGAUCCAGUGAAAGGCAUGGUGGCUCUGGAGGACUGAUGAGGCAUGAGGCAGACAGACAGACAGACAGAC